GUGAAGGGGCGUGGCCUCUGUUCUUCAAAGGUCCUGUCACUCACAGGGGCUCCAGAUUCCAGCUCAGGUGUUACAGAGCUGCACGCGCAGCCCUACGAGUCGCGCUCAGAGCAAAACACACGCAUAAUUCACUUUUAUACGAACAGCGCGAGCGGACAGCUGUCACCGGGGACAGAAGUGACUCAGAUAGACGCAUAUUAAUGGUUACCCACCAAUGGCGCUGUCGCGAGAGAUUAUUGUCCUUUUUCAGGUAAAUAGUUUCUGUUUGUUAUGGGGGCAUAUCACCUCAGCUCAGCGUUUGCGCACCUGGCCAACCCACGCCAAUGAAGUCGUGCUCCUACAUGCAAUCUGAAAGGCUCUGGAGCGGAAUCAGGUUCCUGUGCGUAUUGUGGAUUAAAACCCUCGCGGGGUUCGAUACGUGUAAUUUGUGGAUUUUUUCCCCCUGGAUUAAUGACUAAUAUGGAGCUUCCAGGGAGAUGUAUGUUGUUCGCAGCGCUCGUGAUGAGCGUUUCUCACCCUGCGUGUUCAGGAUGUGAAAAUCAGGUUUGUAAUCCACGCAUGGGGAACCUGGCAGUCGGGCGCCCUGUACAGACAAUUUCCCAGUGUGGCUCAACCUCUCCAGAACGCUACUGUAACUACAAAAUGGGUAGUUGUGUGUUGCACUGUGAGGUGUGUGAUGCUUCAGUAACGCAUCGUGCGCACCCACCCGCCUCCAUGACAGACUCGCCCUUCAAACACCCGCCGACCUGGUGGCAGUCCGCUCAGGAGGUUACAAUAGAAACUCUACAGUUGGAUUUAGAGGUGGAAUUUUACUUCACCCAUCUUAUUAUCAUAUUCCGGUCUCCACGCCCUGCUGCCAUGGCAAUAGAGCGCUCACAGGACUUCGGGCACACAUGGAGCCCUCUGAUGCUGUACGCACACAACUGCAGUGAAGUAUUCGACCUGGAGGAUGGACGCAGAUGCACUCAGAAAUACUCCACAUCAUGGCCUUGCAGCAAUGGAGAGGUCAUCUACCGUGCUCUGUCACCUUGGGACAAAAUGGAUCCGUACAGCGUUAAUGCCCGUGCCCUCCUCGGCAUCACUAACAUACGGAUGCGUCUACUUCAACCGCAGUCCUGCCCCUGCCAGCCUAAACUUCCUGAUGCCAAAGGGCCUACUGCCCACUAUGCCAUCUAUGACCUCAUUUUAAAGGGAGGCUGUUUGUGCCAUGGACAUGCAGACCAGUGUGUGCCUGCUGGUGACCAACAGAUCACACACCCUCCUAGCAAACACAUGGUGCACGGUAAAUGUCUAUGUCGGCAUCACACGGCUGGGGAUCACUGUGAACGCUGUGAUCUCCUUUACAAUGACCAACCAUGGCAACCAGCUAACGGUUUAACCGGGGAAGCUCAUCAGUGUGCUAAGUGUAAAUGUAAUGGCCACGCAGAGAGCUGUCACUUUGACGAAACCGUAUGGCUACGCUCGGGUCAGCGGAGUGGUGGCGUGUGUGACUGCCUUCACAACACCAGCGGCCGUCACUGCCAACACUGUCAAAGCGGCUUCUACAGAGACCCCGAGAGACCCUUCACUGCCCCGGAUUCCUGCAGACCUUGCAUGUGUUACCAUGUUGGUUCCACAAAUUGCAACCCUGAGAAUGGAGACUGCGUCUGUAAGCCAGGGGUGGCUGGGCCACACUGUGACCAGUGCAUGCUGGGAUAUUGGGGUUUUGAUGAAUAUGGAUGCAAGCCCUGCCAGUGUGCUGGUGAUUGUGACCCGUACACAGGAGACUGUAUGUUUAGGUCUGAAUCAGCUCACAACAUCACGGCAGAAAGUCAUCUUUUUCGAACAGAAGAGCUUUUCUCCGCCCUUAGUCAUCCAGACAAAUGUGUAUGCAAACAGCAAGCUCUUGGAAACAGCAAAGUAUUCUGCAACGUAAAAUAUGCCUAUGCAGUGAAGGUGAAAGUGCUGAGUGCUCAUGAUAAGGGGUCUCAUGCAGAGGUGGAUGUUAAGGUUCUCAAGGUGUUGUGGGAUAACUCGCGCCUCGGGCUCUCUCGUGGAAAUCAUAUUCUUUAUCCCGAGUCUUGGACCUCACGAGGCUGCACCUGUCCUGUACUUUUCCCAGGGAUGGAAUAUCUUGUAGUUGGACAUGAGGAUGUGAGAAAAGGCCGUCCCAUGGUUAACAUGAAGAGUAUAGUGAAGCCGUGGAGACCCAACUUGAGCCGAAAAGUCCAUCAGCUUCGGAAAACCAAAUGUAGCUCAAAGACCUAGAGACACAGAGAGAU